AUGCCCGCCGCUACGGAGCCCAACUCGCGCUCGCCAUCUCCCACGCCUGCCCCACCCAUUGCAGAUGCGCCAGGCCCACGCGCGCAAGGUCUCAUCAAUGUCUUCAACCAAGCCUCCAAAGCGACACUGGACAAAUGCUCAUACAAGAACUUUGCAUCAUGUUUCCCCACGGCUGCGCAAUACAGUCCCGAGGUGCUAGACAACUUGCGCGGUCAGAUUGUCGAUCAACUGGACCGCACUUGGAAGACCAACUUCGAGGACAUCAUGGAGCGUAGGAACGUGGUCAAGCUGUUGAACUUGCUGGACCAGUGCAUUGAAGAUGCAAAGUUGAGGAAGAAGCGCGCUGAGCUCAGCGCAAACGGUGGUGCUGUAGAAACGCCUGUGCCGCCACAUACUCUGACUCCCUCGGAGAUCCACCUUGCCCAUCUCAUGCCAUUCCUCGAGCAACAAGCCGCUGAGAUGAACACCAAGCUCUCCAAGACGCAGGCAUCGAAUACAGAACUUCUUUCGACCGUGACCGCGCAACGCACAGAAAUUGAGGCGCUGGUACGGGGCUUGGAGAACGUCAUACAAGACCUAGAGGUCAGCGCACAAGUGAUGGCACAGGACGAUGUGCAAGGACUCAGCAAAGAGAUCAAAGAGCUGGAGACGGAGAUGAAGACCGACACCGCCAACGAGGCGCCCUACUCUGCCAUAUCGCUCGCAGCUCCAGCACAUGCAGAUGUACAACAGUGCUUGCUCACGCACUCGACUGAAUGUCUGGACGAUAUGAUCCAUUUUCAUCACGCCAUGGACACCGUCGAGAUGACUUGA